AUGCCAUCAGCUGUGUGCGCCAGGCAUGUGUUUUGUUGUAUGCGGUGCUUCCUCUUGCUAUUCUUGGGUUUGGGUUGUUCUGGCGGAAAAAAGCGUGCUCAGUCUAAUAAAACCAGGAAAAUUUUGAUUUUAGGUGAUUCCUACUAUGCUUACGCAUGAGUGUUUCAAGACUCCAGCAGAUGAAGAUGAACUCGAUGACAUUGAUGACGAUAUGGUAGUUGGUGUAAUAGCUGAAAUUGAACAGGAGGUACUCAACGAAUCCGAAAGUGACGACGACGAAUACGAUUUGGCAGACAUGGGGGGUCCAGAGCCAGAACGAAAUGAUGGUAACAUCAGCUCUAACGAGAGCAUCAGCAGCGAUGGCAGCUUCGAUCCGAAUGCGGAAGACACUGACUCCGAUGAUUCAAUGUUGGAUGAGGCCGCAACGGCCGGCGCAAGCAUUGCCAAGCGACGUAAGGAGCAAAAUGCAAUGGAUGGAGCGGGGCCCAGUGGUUCAGGUCCCAGUGGAUCUGGUGAUUAUUCACAUUUGGAUGAGGACGAUGAGACGGAUGAGACUGUCCGUGCUAUCAUUGCAGCUAUAAAGAAACCACGCAGUGCUCCCCCAGAGAUUAGACUGGAGGAUUUCAUUACAGACAUCUGCUUCCAUCCAGAGCGAGAUAUUAUCGCCCUGGCGACCAUAAUUGGUGAUGUACAUCUGUACGAAUAUGGCAAUGAGGAGAACAAACUGUUACGUUCAAUUGAAGUGCAUGCAAAGGCCUGUCGAGACGUUGAGUUCACCGAGGAUGGACGCAGUUUGAUUACGUGCUCGAAGGACAAGUGCGUCAUGGUCACCGACAUGGAAACAGAGAAACUAAAAAAAUUGUAUGAAACAGCACAUGAUGAUGCCAUCAACAAAUUGCAUGUGCUCGAUGAGCGUCUAUUCGCCACCGGGGAUGAUGCCGGCACAGUAAAGCUUUGGGAUUUUCGCACCAAAGAUGCCAUAUUCGAACUGAAAGAGGUGGAGGAUCAGAUAACCCAAAUGCUAACUAACGAUCAGAAUAAACUGCUGUUGGCAACCAGUGCCGAUGGCUAUUUGACCACCUUUAAUAUUGGUGCUCGGAAGUUAUAUGUACAAUCGGAGCCGUAUGAGGAGGAGUUGAACUGCAUGGGAAUUUAUCGGGGCAGCUCUAAGUUGGUGGUGGGUACCUCUAAGGGACGCCUUUACACCUACAAUUGGGGCUACUUUGGCUACCAUUGCGACAUGUACCCGGGCAUCAAAAGUCCCAUAAGUCUGAUGAUACCCAUUACGGACCGAAUUGCCUGCGUAGCUGGCGAGGAUGGUAAUAUACGUGCCUGUCAUAUUGCUCCCUAUCGCAAUCUGGGCGUUGUGGGCCAGCACAAUAUGCCUAUUGAAUCGCUGGACAUCAAUAGCAGUGGUGAGUUAUUGGCAUCUUCAUCGCACAACAACGAUGUGCGCUUCUGGAACGUCAAAUAUUUCGAGGACUUUGGCGACAUUAAAUACAAUGAGAAGCACAACGCCUACAAGGAUAAGCGACACAAUUUGCCGUCAUCGAAGUGCACAAAUGCCUCCGACUUCUUUGCCGAUAUGACCAAGGAGCAGGACGAUGACGACAAUGACGAUGGUGGAAAUAACACUACAGCAGCUGGGUCCAAUAAUGUUACCUAGAUGCUACCAGUCAUUCAUUAUAAAUAUAUAUCAUUGUUAAACAUUUCUUAACAAUUUUUAGCUAUAGUAUUGUAAGACCUUGUGCUGUAAAGGCUUAA